ACUAGUAGUCACGUGUUUUAUCAGUCGGCUAACCGCUAUUAGCUCUCAGUGUGUUUCUGCGCUUCGAUUUUAUUUAUUUAUUAUUAAUUAUUAUUUCUGACUUUAAUAUUAAUCAUGUCGGCGGUGCAGAGGAUGAAAGUGGCGAAUGAGAAACACAGUAAGACCAUCACACAGCGGGGACACGUUCAGAAAACCACGCGUGUACAGGGGGAAGAGAAAGCUCCAGUGGGACCGUGGCUGCUGGCUCUGUUUGUGUUUGUGGUGUGCGGCUCAGCCAUAUUUCAGAUCAUCCAGAGUAUCCGACAGGGAAUGUGAGGUGUUACUAUGUGCUCACCUGUGUACCUGUGAAGCCCCUCCCACGGCACUGCAGCCAGCCAAUCAGGAGCUGGGAUGAAGCUCCUGUGUGAAGAGUUACAGUCUGAUCUCCCUCUGUACACUGGAUGUCCCGUGUGUGUGUGUGUGUGUGUGUGUGUGUGUGUGUGUUUGAGAGAGAUUGAGACACUAUGCAAUAAUUUUAUAGCAGUAAAUAAAGUAUUUUUAUGUACA